AGAAGCAGAUCCCGGUGGUUUGGGUCGGGUCAAACGGGCUGGGAUCUCAUGGAUGAGCUGGCGUUGGAGCGAUAUUUCGAUGACUCCAUUGCAAACGAGUCCGGCUUCGUGCUGGAAGAGGAGCUCCAAAGACCUCCCGAGCAUGAAUCUACCGCCUCCGUGCAGCAGAACUCGUUUCUGCCGGGAAAAACUGGAGCGAGAGUCAAACCGGGAGAUGAUCUGGACCUCAGCUUCCUGCCUGAUGAGCUCAGCAGCCAGGAUGAGCAAAAGAGCCGAAGAGGUGCUGAAUCUUUGGAAGCUGCUGCAGCAGAGCCUCAGACUGCAGCGCUGGACGUCUCUCAGGACAGCGGAGUCUCUGUGGACUGUAACCUGCAGGACUCCUCUGCAGCUCAGCCCCCGCAGGACAUGUCCUUUUCGGGGUUAGGAACGGGGGCUUCCCCCUUCUGCCCCAUGACCCCCAUGACCCCCAUGACUCCAAUGACGCCUGUGACCGAGCGAUCAGGAAUCGUCCCACAGUUACAGAACAUCGUCUCCACGGUGACCCUGGGAUGUCCUCUGGACCUGAAGUUCAUCGCCUUGCAAGCCAGAAAUGCAGAAUACAACCCAAAGCGCUUCGCAGCGGUCAUCAUGAGGAUCCGCGAGCCACGAACGACAGCUCUGAUCUUCAGCUCAGGAAAGAUGGUCUGCACGGGGGCCAAGAGCGAGGAGCAGUCUCGACUGGCGGCUCGGAAAUACGCACGGGUGGUGCAGAAGCUCGGGUUCCCGGCUCGCUUCCUGGAGUUCAAGAUUCAGAACAUGGUGGCCAGCUGCGACGUCUGCUUCCCCAUCAGACUGGAAGGUCUGGUUCUGACCCAUCAGCAGUUCAGCAGUUAUGAGCCGGAGUUAUUUCCAGGCCUCAUCUACCGGAUGGUGAAACCUCGAAUCGUCCUGCUCAUUUUUGUUUCUGGGAAGGUGGUUCUGACCGGAGCUAAAGAACGAGCGGAGAUCUACGAAGCCUUUGAGAACAUUUAUCCCAUCCUGAAGGGCUUCAGGAAGCAGUGAGGAGCC